AUGUCGGCGGAAACCACACCAAGCAACGGCCGCACCCUGGCUUUCUUUGGCGCAACGGGACGCACCGGAAGUGAAACCCUAAAAGCCCUCCUUGCGAAGCCCAACAACCCCUUUAGGCUGAAGAUCUUCGUCCGCUCUCGCGAGAAGCUCAUCUCCAAGUUCCCGCAAUUCAAAGCCGACCACAAUGUCGAGAUAUUCGAAGGCCAAGUCACCGACGUCUCCGGCGUGAAGAAGUGCCUCGAAGGCGCCGACACCAUCAUCUGUACGCUCGGCGACAACGACAACAAGCCCACCGUCCGCGUGCUUCAAGACGGCACAAAAGCAAUGGUUGCAGCGCUGAAGCAACUCAAGGAUGACGCUGGAGGGGACUGGGCAAGACCGCGCUUUCUCCUGCUCUCGUCGGCGACUUGGAAUGAGCGCUUUAGUGCGAAGACACCGGCUGCCGUGGAGUGGGCCAUCAAGAACGCAUUCUACUACCCCUACGCCGACCUCCUCAAGGCCCAUGAGACGUUGCAAGCCGAGCCGGGACUGAUGGAGUUGCUGCUCGUGCAGCCACCGGCGAUCAUCGAGGAAGAGGCCAGCGGGUAUUCAAUCAGCGUCGAGUCCGUCGGGGUGGCCGUUUCAUACGGAGACCUCGGUGCGGCGUUUGUGGAACUGGCGACGGAGGAGGCGUACAAAGGCAUCGGAGCUGUAGGUGUUACCUCGGGCCUGGCGAAGCAAGGGGUUGCAAGAUACGUACCCGAAGUGUUGUACAGAGUUGUCAGAGGGCUGAUGGCGAGUUACAUCCCGGGAUUCUGGAGACUGAUUGGUUGA